CUAACAGUCCAUAAUUUAGAGUCAAAUGAAGAUGGCUUCUCUUCUCUUCGCUUUAAGUCGGUUGAUAUUGUUUUUAAUAUUCCUUGAGAACGUGCUACUAUAUUAACCCAUACCAACGCCACAACAAUAAAACUCACAUGGUAACAAAUAAUCCAUCAGAGCAGUGACACGUAACCGUAACCGUAACAAAUUGCAGAGGUGAGUCACCUUCCGUCCUCUUAACACACACAAGUUGACGACUUGAACGGGUCACCAUUAAAAUCAGCAACUCAACUCAACUCAACUCCAUUUCAUAGAAACAAAAACAUAAGAAGAAUAGGAAGGGAUCACCGUGGUCAUGGAACAGAAGAGCUUGUUGAUAUCGGCGCUGAGUGUUGGGGUUGGAGUGGGAGUUGGGAUAGGCUUAGCUUCUGGACAAAGCCUUGGUAGCACCUGGGGUGCAACUUCUUCUUCUUCUUCAAACUCAAACGCCAUCACUCCCAUGAAAUUGGAGCAGGAAAUGCUUAAACUCGUGCUUGAUGGCGGAGACAGCAACAUUACCUUUGAUAACUUCCCUUAUUAUCUCAGUGAGCAGACAAAGGUUUUGUUGAUAAGUGCCGCUUAUGUUCAUUUAAAGCAUGCUGAUAUUUCCAAAUAUACGCGCAAUCUUGCUCCUGCAAGCCGAACUAUUCUGCUUUCAGGGCCAGCAGAACUUUACCAGCAGGUUUAUGCCAAGGCUUUGGCUCACUACUUUAAGGCCAAGUUGCUUCUCUUGGAUUUAACUGACUUUUCGUUGAAGAUUCAGAGUAGAUAUGGUUCUUCUGCAAACAAGGAAUCUGCUUCCUUCAAAAGAUCUACUUCAGAGUCCACUCUGGAGCGGUUAUCUGACAUGUUUGGAUCAUUUUCAAUCUUUUCACAGAGGGAAGAGCCUAAGGGCAAAAUACAGAGGCAAAGCAGUGGAAUGGACCUCCGAUCAAUGGGGACUGAAGGAUCUUGUAAUCCUCCUAAGAUUCGUCGAAAUGUGUCUGCCUCCGCAAAUAUUAGUAGCCUUGCCUUGCAAAGCAAUUCUUCAAAUUCAGCUCCUCUGAAGCGCACAACCAGCUGGUCUUUUGAUGAGAAGCUUCUUAUCCAGACCCUUUACAAGGUAAUGUUACUUUUGGUUGGAUACAAUUUCCAAAUUAAACAAAGCUCGACUUCAUAUCCACCAUUUCACUUGCAGGUUCUGCUUUUUGUGUCAAAAACCAAUCCCAUUGUGCUAUAUCUGCGGGAUGUUGACAAGUUGCUACAUAGAUCAACAAGGAUUUUUAACCUGUUCCAGAAAAUGUUGAGUAAAUUAUCUGGACCUAUUCUGAUUCUUGGUUCACGAGUUUUGGAUGCUGAUAACGACUACCAAGAGGUAGAUGACAGACUUAGUUUGCUGUUCCCUUACAAUCUGGUAAUCAGACCCCCAGAAGAUGAAUCGCAUCUCGUCAGCUGGAAGAGUCGGUUUGAAGAGGACAUGAAGAUGAUACAGGUUCAGGAUAACAAGAACCAUAUCAUGGAAGUGCUUGCAGCCAAUGAUCUUGAUUGUGAUGACCUGGACUCUGUCUGUUUGGCGGACACAAUGGUUCUCAGCAACUAUAUAGAAGAGAUUGUUGUGUCUGCAAUUUCAUAUCAUUUAAUGAAUAACAAAGAUCCUGAAUACAGAAAUGGGAAACUUGUUAUUCCAUGCAAUAGUUUGUCCCGUGCAUUGAGUAUAUUCGAGGAAGGGAAAUUCAGUGAAAAAGAUACGUUAAAAUUAGAAGCUCAGGCAGUAAAAUCUGAGAAAAAGGAAGAACCUGCUAUGAAACGAGAAGCAAAGUCUGAAAAUCCUGCUCCUGUUAAGAAGGCUGAAGCAGAAAUAUCAACUUCAGUGGUAAAGGCCGAGGGUGAAAACUCAGCUCCAGCUCCCAAAGUUGAAGUCCCUCCUGAUAAUGAAUUCGAGAAGCGAAUAAGACCUGCGGUAAUACCAGCAAAUGAAAUUGGUGUGACAUUCUCAGAUAUUGGUGCCUUAGAUGAGACCAAGGAAUCCCUUCAAGAACUAGUAAUGCUUCCUCUUCGAAGGCCGGAUCUCUUCAAAGGAGGCCUUCUAAAGCCCUGUAGAGGAAUAUUGCUGUUUGGUCCUCCUGGCACCGGAAAGACAAUGCUGGCAAAGGCCAUCGCAAACGAGGCCGGGGCAAGUUUCAUAAACGUGUCCAUGUCUACCAUCACUUCCAAAUGGUUUGGUGAAGAUGAGAAGAAUGUUCGCGCUUUAUUCAUGCUGGCAGCCAAGGUCUCGCCAACAAUCAUAUUUGUUGAUGAGGUUGACAGCAUGCUUGGGCAUCGGAGCAGAGUUGGGGAGCAUGAAGCCAUGAGGAAAAUCAAGAAUGAGUUUAUGACUCACUGGGAUGGACUAAUGACAAAACCAGGGGAGCGCAUCCUUGUUCUUGCUGCAACCAAUAGGCCCUUUGACUUGGAUGAAGCAAUUAUUAGGAGAUUUGAAAGAAGAAUUAUGGUAGGGCUACCAUCUGUGGAGAAUAGGGAAAAAAUCUUGAAGACACUUCUGGCAAAAGAGAAAGUGGACGAGGAUCUUGAUUUGAAGGAACUUGCAACUAUGACGGAAGGAUACAGUGGCAGUGACUUGAAGAACUUGUGCAUAACUGCUGCUUAUAGGCCUGUUAGAGAGUUGAUUCAACAAGAGAGACUAAAGACUCUGGAGGAAAAGCAUAAAGGUAGCCAAGGAGAUAGUCCGGAUACAGAAGAUGAAGUUAAGCAGAAAAGGGAUAUUAAACCUAGGCCAUUGAAUAUGCAGGACUUGAAAGAGGCAAAAAAUCAAGUAGCUGCAAGCUUUGCAAGUGAGGGAGCAGGAAUGAAUGAGUUGAUGCAGUGGAACGAAUUGUAUGGCGAGGGCGGUUCAAGGAAGCAGCAACAACUAUCCUACUUCCUCUAAUACCGUCGAGGCAACAACUAUUUAUUUAUUUGCAUUGUUGUGUCAAAGUUGCUGUAUGUAUACCUACACAAGUGUGAAGCUACGAUAUUCAUAUCAUAUAAGCACUGCUUGUGUGUGAAGCAAAACAAAAGCUGUGGCCGGAAAUAAAGAAUGCAGAACUAAAAUAAAUAUGAUUUGUUUAAA